GUUUCAGAUACAGUCACCAUGCUUUCCACGCUAAAAAGCACAAGUUGAUCUCUAUGUGUUCUUCCAGUAUCCCCCAUUCUGGAAAGGAUGAAUAACAGGUAUUUCGACGCGAACACACCAAAGGUGGCGGCGGUCGUGGGCUUUUACAUGUCUGCUGCACUAGUGAUGGUUUUUGUCGCAGGAAUAAAACUGUUCUUAAUAGGUUCACCGGAUUUACCGCUGCUCUUCCUCCUCCUGCAGCUGCUUAUCGCAGUCGUGCUCCUCCACGUGGCGGCUAUGUUCAUUACACGUGUCGAGAUACCCAAGCUUGAGCUCGAGACCGCGAAGAAGCUCACGCCUGUAGUCCUUGUCAACAUCAUUGGACUCAUUUUCAACACUCUUUGCCUUCGCGAUGUUGAGGCUUCUUUUUUCCAGAUUGCGCUGCACACUCGUACUGUGCCUUCUGUCCGAGUUGGAAUUGCUGCUGGGACAGUUGCCAUAGGUUUCUUGCUCGGCGUAGCACCUAUUUCUGCGACAGUGCCCGCCCAUGUUGCGCCUUCAGGUCUUUCUCUGUUCUAUGGCGUCCUUUCGUCGCUUUUCAUCGCUUUUCAUGCUGUUCUUAUCAAGUCCUCCCUUCCUUAUUGUAACAACUCAACUAUUCAACUUGCAUACUGGACCAACUUGGGCUCGGCAAUUUUUCUUUUCCCUUUUGUCUUGAUCCUUAUCCACGAUUCGAAUUGGGACGGACAAGUGUUUCUAUGGGGGAGUAUCGUGACCGGCGUCUUCGGUUUCUUACUUUGUAUUGCCGGCCUGCUCAGCAUCAAGGUUACAAGUCCUAUCACACAUAUGUUCUCUAGCGCCUUACGAUCUGUUAUUCAAACCCUGUUGGGCGUCUGGCUACUCAAAGACUUAAUGACGGUCAAUCGCGCAGGGUCUAUUCUGGUUAUCACGAUAGGCACCAUUUAUUAUACCUGGGUCAAAUCAUUUGAAACCGCCCCUCCGCCGCGCAAGGAUGUUGACCUCGAGGCUAUAGGAAAUAGGAAAUCCGAGGAAGAUUCUGAUGAUGACCAUGGUGAUGGCGAUGGUGAGGUUACGGUGGUUUUCGGAGAGCCGGUAGGAAGAUGAAAAAGUGUAACAAACUGUCCCUGAGGGCCUGAACGUUAACGCUCGUGUCUCUAUUAGGCACGGAAUUUUGUCGUGAGUGAUCAUUACAGCGGGUAUAUGUUCACCCGGGACAAUUCUUACUAGUAGCACUCUUGUUUACCAUCGACGGACAACUUACAGACACUUACGCACAUUACGCACUUGCAAGUCAUUAGCUAUAUCUAUCGUGUUUGCGUGUCUAUAAUUACUGUCGGUGACACGUCACGAACAACUACACUGGUACAGCUUCUUGAAGCU